UCAUUAUCCCCUUUCUGAAACUCACAACACUUGGUAAAUCACAGCGCCUUUAUCCCCUUUCUGGAACCACAUGAAUCACAGCGCCUUUGUUCCCUCCAAAGCUCAUCACUCAUCAUCGCGAAGAACCCUCGCUCAUCACCCAGUCACCACUCACCGCCAGUCACCACCCACCACUCACCACAUCGCUGUGCCGCUCACCGGCUCACCACUCACCAGCUCACACUCUCAUCCUCACUCAACACACACAAAAGAGGAAAAAAAUCAGAAAAGUGGAGAACGGGAAGAAGAAGAGAAGAAGAGGGGAGAGGGAAAGGAAGGAGGGGACGACGCCGGCUAGGGCUCCACCGCGCGGACCAUCGUCAUUGCGUGCGCUGACCGUCGCCUCAGCAUCGCCAUCUCGGGCACUCACCGUCGCCGCUCAGCAUCAUCAUCGCGUGUGCUCACUAUCGCUUCUCAGCAUCGUCGUCGUCGCUCAGCAUCGUCAUCGCCGCUCACCUGAGAAGAACCAAUGCAGAUAGAAGCGAGAAGAUUGGGAAUUACUGAUCAAUGGUUCUUUAAGCUCUUCCUUCUCAUCAUUGAUAUUGGAUCCGUGCAGCCUGUGUCAGGCGCUGAAUCUGUUCCAGGAAGGCAAAAUCAGUGGAAAGGAUACAAAGACUAAUGAGACUAAGGAUGAUGCGGGAGAAGAUGGUACUGGUGCAAAGAAUGAUACAAGGAGCAAUGCCCAAGCAGCUGAAAAAAGCGAGGGAGAGAAAUUAUUUGCACAAUACUGAAAUUAUGCUCACUAAGGUUAAGAUGCCACUUCCUGAUAUGAUGGCUGCUGUGCUGGCUAUGGAUGAAUCAGUAUUAGAUGUGGAUCAGGUGAAAAAUCUCAUUAAGUUUUGUCCUACCAAAGAAGAGAUGGAACUCUUGAAGGGAUACACUGGUGACAAAGAGAAUUUGGAAAAAUGCGAACAGGUCCGAAAGUCUGUCAAGCUGAAGAUCAUGAAGAAAAUUCUUUUUUUGGGUAAUACAUUAAAUCAAGGAACAGCUAGGGGUUCUAGCUGAUAGGUCGCCUGGACUGCUUGACUUCCGCUUAGACC